AUGUCUCAAGCUUUCGCAACGUCAUGCGAAGGAGCCGUUGGCGUGAAGUAUAAUUUCUGGUGGCAGCAGACAAUGCUUCGUAUCAAGGAUCCCGCCGCCUCUUUAAGGUUUUACGAGCAGAAUUUCGGCAUGAAAUGCAUACACUCGUAUGACUUUCCCGAGUAUAAGUUUUCACUCUACUUUUUAGAGCUGCCGCGCGGAAGUGAGCAGGUUCCAACUGGGACUGGAAAAGAAAGUGAACGUUACUUGUGGAAUAUGAAGUCAACGUGCUUGGAGCUGACUCACAAUUAUGGCACUGAACAAGAUCCGUCUUUUCAAGUGAACAAUGGCAACAUGGAGCCCCAUCGAGGUUUUGGACACAUCGCCUUCAAUACGCCAAACGUCGAAGAGGCUUGCCGAAAGUUGGAGCAAAACAGCGUUAAGUUCCGCAAGCGCCCUGACGAGGGCAAAAUGAAAAACAUCGCAUUUGUCCUCGAUCCGGACGGAUACUGGAUUGAAUUGGUGUCUCGUUCCGCCACGUCGCCUUUCACAGAAGAGUACAAUUUAUCGCAAACGAUGCUUCGGAUAAAAGACCCAUCUCGCUCAAUUCCAUUCUACACGGGGAUACUGGGUAUGAGGCUUAUCCGGAAGAGGCAUUUCGAUGAUUUUUCGCUGUACUUCUUGGCAUGCAUUCCGCCGGAUGCUGAUAUCCCUGAUCCCAAAAGCGACGAGGCGGGCUUGUAUCUAAAGAACCUUUGGCAGCCGGUGCUAGAGUUGACACAUAAUCACGGAACGGAAAAUGACAAGGACUUCCACUACCACAACGGGAAUGACAACCCUCAAGGCUAUGGUCACAUCGGCUUUCUAUGUGACGAUCUCGAAGGAGCAUGCAAGGAGCUGGAAGUGGCCGGUGUAAGCUUUCGAAAGAAACCACAGGACGGCAGCAUGCGAGGAAUUGCUUUCAUUUACGACCCUGAUGGGUACAGCAUUGAGCUUAUUCAACGUGGAGUUUCUUUUCUUAAACAAGAUUAA